ACUGUUCAUCAACUCCAGAUUCUCUGCUAAUCUCCAAGCUUAUUACUUGCACUUUGCUGAACCAAAUAAAACCUUUAUUAUUUAUAACUUUGAGCACAAAAUGGACCAAACUAACCCUGGAUCCAUCGAUCCAAAAACUGGUUUCAACAGCUUAACAAAAACUUUCCAUAGCUUAAGACCCGUCAUUGAUCUUCCUCAACAACACGAUCCUAUCUCAGUAACAGACUUUGCUCUGUCGAACCGAGUCAUCUCCACCAACUCAGUAGCUCUCAUUGACUCAUCAACCACUCACCAUAUCUCUUACUCCGAGUUCGCUCAACUCACCAAAUCUUUAUCCUCCUACUUCCAGAAUGUCACCAAACUCUCUCAACACGACGUCGCUUUUGUCCUCUGUCCAAAGUCAACGAAAAUUCCGAUCCUCUACUUCUCCUUGCUUUCACUGGGAAUUAUCAUUUCUCCUUCAAAUCCGCUCAACACUGAGUCAGAAAUUCACCGUCAAAUCCAUCUCUCUAAACCAGUCAUCGCGUUUGCCACGUCAGCUACAGCUCAUAAGCUUCCUAAACUGAAACACAGCACCAUACUCAUAGACUCGCCUGAGUUUGACUCACUGAUGACAACAACGAGUUAUGAGUUCGAAAGAGUUACAGUGAGACAAUCAGAUUUGGCUGGGAUUCUUUACUCGUCAGGCACGACAGGUGAUGUCAAAGCAGUGAUGUUGACUCACGGAAAUCUAACGGCGGUUGUUGCAGGAUUCCUUCCUGAGAAAGAUUCAGAACAAGUGGUUACGCUCAAUGCGGUGCCGUAUUUUCACGUUUACGGAUUGAUUUACAGUCUUAAGUCGGUGGCGUUGAGGGAAGCCGUGGUGGUGGUGGAGAAGUUUGAUUUGAAAAGUAUGUUGAGCGCUGUUCAAGAGUUUAGAGUGACGCAACUGGCGGUGGCGCCGCCUGCUGUGGUAGAGAUGAUUAAGAGAGGUUUAACGGAUGGUUAUGAUUUGAGGUCGUUAGAAGAUGUGGUUUCUGGCGGCGCUCCGCUUGGAAAGGAUGUGAUUGCGGCGUUCAGAACUAGGUUUCCGACGGUGUCGUUGAAGCAGGGUUAUGGCAUGACCGAAUCAACGGGCGUGUGCUCCCGAGCAAUAAGUCCUGAGGAAAGUUUUUGUAUGAGUUCGGUUGGAAGGGUUACAACGUACUGUAUAGUAAAGAUUGUUGAUCCUGAAACCAAUGUUCCAUUGCUCCCCGGGGAACAAGGAGAAUUAUGGAUUAGCGGUCCCAUGAUAAUGAAAGGUUAUGUUGGAGAUCCUAAAGCAACUUUUGUUGUUUUAACAUCCGAUCGAUGGUUGAGAACUGGUGACCUUUGUUAUAUAGACAAAGAGGGUUAUGUCUUUGUGGUUGACAGACUCAAGGAUUUGAUAAAAUACAAAGGAUAUCAAGUUGCUCCGGCUGAACUAGAACAGUUGCUCCAGUCACACCCAGAGAUAAUAGACGCUGCAGUGGUACCAUAUCCAGAUGAAGAAGUCGGUGAGGUACCUUUUGCUUUUGUUGUGAAGCACUGCCAUAGCAGUCUAAAUGAAAGAAAUAUAAUGGAUUAUGUUUCCAAACAGGUUGCACCUUAUAAAAAAGUACGACGGGUAGCCUUUAUCAGCUCCAUUCCAAAGAGUCCGUCUGGAAAAAUAUUGAGAAAGGAUUUAAGGAAGAUGAAUUUUUCAACGUCCAAAUCAAGAAUGUAAUGUAUUAUAUAAUUAAAUGCUACAAACCUGAACCACAUAUAUUAUUAGAAUCAAAUCGGCCUACUAAUUUUAGGACUUUGAUAUUAUUUUCAAAUCGAAUGAGAAAUAAAUACACACA